AUGCGACUUCUCAAGACAGGAGCGUUUGUGCGGCAAGUGCGAUCUGCCCGCACCUGUCGCAUAGCUCAUUCUUCCUCCUCUCCCUCUAACAGCGCUCGCCUCACUCCUCCCCCUUCAGCUGUCCGAUGGUCGAGCAUCCAGGCCGCUCCUCAGUCUCAAUCUUUUCCUGAACAAUCGGUCGAUCCUUCUCGAGAAGUUGACCCUGCAAAGACCGCCGCUCAAUCCUCUUUGUCCCACCCUUCCGAAACAGACACUUUCAAACAGCACCUUCAAAAUCUAGGAAAAGAAAACCAAAUUAUACACGAGUCUAGAGAGUCAGGUUCUCUCAUCCUAGGCAAGCCCUAUGUGUUUGACUACACUACAAAUGUCCCCCAAUCCAUCCUCGAUCUUGUUGGUCGCAAUUUGUACGACAACCCCGAUCAUCCUCUCUGCAUCACCCGAAAAUUGAUCGAAUCAUGCUUUCCAUCUCCCGAGUUCAACCAUUUCAUCCAAGGAGACCCAAUUGUGACCGUGCAAGAGAACUUCGAUGUCUUGGGAUUUCCUCAAGAUCACCCUGGCCGUUCCAGAACUGACACCUACUACGUCAACUCGUCUCAUCUUCUGAGGACCCAUACCUCUGCCCAUCAACAUGCCGCCUUCAAAUCUCUCGCUCUCGAGGAUUUUACGUCCGGCUACACCAUCUGUGCCGAUGUCUACCGCCGUGAUAGCAUCGACAAGAGCCACUUCCCUAUCUUCCACCAAAUGGAGGGCGCAAAGGUCUGGGCUCUCGAUGGCAACAUUACUCAAACCAGAUAUAACCGAAUGCUUGCGCGCCAGCAGACUAUCUCAAACGAUUUGGCGAACCUUCCAAAACCUGAAUUUCUCCAGACAGAGCGCAACGCUCAUUUCGACCCCAAGACAAACCCUGUACAAAAAGAGCAUGAUCGAGAUGAGACUAUUCUGUUAGUUAGUCACCUCAAACGCAGCCUUGAGCUCCUUAUUGAAACCGUCCUCCGCGCCGCCCAAGCUGCCUCCGCCCGCAAGGCCGUCGCGAAUGAACCAAUAAAAGCACGCUGGAUUGAAGCCUACUUCCCUUUUACAUCUCCUUCUUUCGAGAUUGAGGUCCAAUGGAACGACACUUGGCUCGAGUUGCUAGGUUGUGGCAUCGUACAGCAGCCCAUCCUGACCCAAGCCGGCUUACGUGAACACGUCGGCUGGGCAUGGGGUCUAGGUGUCGAACGUUUCGCUAUGCUGCUGUUUGGUAUCCCCGACAUUCGACUAUUCUGGUCUACGGACCGCCGAUUUUUGAAACAAUUCUGUCGCGGUAGAAUCACCCAGUUUGAACCCUUCAGCAAAUAUCCAGCUUGUUACAAGGACAUUGCUUUCUGGAUUAGCCCUACCCCGGCCACCGGUACACCUAUGAAUGCUAAUCCAGUAUCUUCAGGUGUAGCUGCAGCAGCAGGAGGUGACUCAACAAAAGCAUCUCUGGCCGAGACUCAACCUGCCGCCUUCCACGAGAACGACAUCAUGGAGGUGGUACGUGAUGUGGCUGGCAACCUGGCAGAAGAUGUCACCUUGGUCGACGAAUUCGUGCAUCCGACCAGUGGCCGAAAGAGUGUUUGCUACCGAAUCAAUUACCGCAGUCUGGAGCGAACUUUGUUGAAUGACGAGGUCAACGCUUUACAUGAUGAAGUUGCCAAAAGAAUUGUCGGAUUACAUGGUGUCGAGUUAAGAUGA